AUGGUGGAGCAGCACUAUCAGCCCAUCUACUCGUACCAAACUACAAGAGCCGCAGCUGGACGUAAUAGCGCAAUCCUACGACUCGUCGCUCUGCUCACCUUUGUCGCCGUAUCCUCUGUCGUCUUCUUAUCAUUCACCGACUACGUAUACUGGAGACAGAGUCAACCUCGCACUCACUCUCAAUCCCUCACUAUGGCUUCGUCCUCGUCGACUACGGCCAACACAAAUGGCCAAUCCAAGCCACCAACUUUGGACGAGUAUCUCGUAAAAGCCAAGCAAGAUGCUUUCACCCAUCUCAAACAAGCCUCCGCGUCACAGGGAAAGCUCACGCUCAUCAUGGGCAACGAGGCGGGCGAUCUCGACUCUGCUUCUUGUGCUAUCGGCUUGAGCUACCUGCUGUCGCGCUUUGGUUCUCCAUCCGGUCACAGCCUACCGCAGUCGACCUACGUGCCCUUGAUACAGAGUAUGCAUACCGAUGACGUGCUUCGACCCGAGAACACGGCUGCUUUCCGAGCAGCGGGGAUCCUUCCCGACCACGUCUUCUACCUGGACGACGUGCAGAAGACACUCGGGCUCGAGCUCAGUUCGGAUGCUUUCUCGCCUUCCGCAAACGUGGCGCUCGGCUUGGUCGACCAUCCGUCUCUCACAGGGCCGUGGGGUGGAGCCAGGGCUUCCAAUCGUCAGGUGGACAUCGUCAUCGACCAUCACGAGGAUGUGAGCGAUCACACGAACGCCGCUUUGAGAAUCGUCAAGUCGCCCUCCAAGGAUCCGGUGGGAAGCUGUAGCAGUCUGAUCGCGGAGCUGUAUGCCGAUCGAUUUGCCAAUGCUCCUACCUCCGAUGUAGGCCUGCGAGAAGUAGCGGAUCUCUUGAUCAGUGCCAUCAUCAUCGACACGGACAACCUGCGGGGUGCACCGCGUGGUAAAGCAACAGAGACCGACUUCAACGCCAUCAAGACGCUCUUUUCCGUUUCGUCGUUCGGCAAUCCUAACACCGCGGAUCAGCUCAAAGAAACUGCAAUCUCGUUCUCGCCGCUCAAGAUCGAGAGCCAAGGAGCAUCAGUCGAGCCGAUUCAACCCAUCAGUCCAUCUCAGGAGACCGACUCGGCGACACAGAGUGCCAAGAUCAUCCUUGCGCCUUACUGGCAGAUCCUCUCGCGCUCCAAGCAGGCGGUCUCGCAUCUCAGCGGGCGCGAUCUGCUGCGUCGCGAUUACAAGGAACUCGACUUCACCAGCCCCGAAGGCUCGGACCCUGCCCACGCCGACGUGGCGCUCAAGCUGGGCUUUGCCUCGGUGCCCAUCAGCCUGGUCGAGUGGCUGCACAAGGACCGCCCCACGCCCCAACUCGCCGAUGCCGCCGAUGCCAAGCUCGAGGUGAAAGAGGCCUGGGCGGCCUGGUGGACCACACUGGACGAGUUUAUGGCCGAGCGCAAGAUCGACAUCGCUGUCAUGACGGGCAGCUUCCGCGUGCCUGAGGGACAGGUGGAUGCGGGUAAGCACAAGCGUGAGUUGGUCCUGGCCUUUGCGCCGAGGACCAUGCAGGAGAGCAGAGCGUCGGUGCUGUGGGACGAGUUGAGACGCGGGCUGGAGGCGGAUGCACACGUGAGCGCCGCGGAUCAGGUUGAGAGACGCCUGAUGCUCGAGCAGCCGUGGAAGGGACAGAGAUUGCCGGAGAGCGCAGGCGGCAAGAGGGAGCGUGUCAAGGGUGUUGAUAGCGAGGGAAAGCGGGAGCAUGCUCUACAGCCUAACAGCUGGGCCAAGGUCUACAAGCAGGCCAAUGCCAGAGCCAAUCGUAAGAUUGUCCUGCCUGCGGUCACGACGAUUCUCAAGGCGGCCGUGAGGAAGUUGUAA